GAAAAGCUCUCAUCUCCAUACCAUCUAACUCUACAAAUUACAAAUACACGAAUCUUCUCAAAGUCAAAUAAUUUAAUCAAACAACAAUCCUACAUCAUGCCUGCCGGUCCAGACGAAACCCACCACCACAAAGCUGGUGAAGCAACUGAGCACGUUAUGAAGAACUCGUCCUCUAAGACCGACAACAAUGCUAGCGACCAUCCCCUCCAUAACCAAGGCGAAGUAAAGGGAGAGAAAGUCCAAUUCCGUCAUCACGAGGCAAACCCAGGACCUGUUGUCCCUCAAAGUAUGCCGGAGCAGGAGGGAUCAAAGGCGGACCGUGAAGCAAAGACCGCUUCUUUAAACAACUAAGCUCUUCGGAAACCUUACCGGAAUCGCACGAUCAUUCCGAACGAAACGUUAAUGAAGCAAGAACUCAUGGAUGGCUGGCGUUGGGAAGGGUGGAAUGGUCAAGGAAACGGAUGAUAGCGGGCAUAAUGUGGUACAUAUCUGAUUAGCAAAGACGUCGAGUACGAAAUAAAACUUCCGUCUUUCCCA